AAAAGAAAUUAAACCUUUGUUACAAAGAAAUGAUAAACAUGUUACUCUUCAAAAUAUUCGCCAUCAUUUGCUAAUAUUUUUCUCCAUCUAUCAGGCAACUGACGAAUCCCUUCUUAUAGAAAAGAAAAUAAAUAAAAGCUCAAUUUCUUUAAAAAAACAAAUUAAUUAAUGUAUCGUGAUUAUUAGUUAUUUGAGAGAAAAGUGUGCCUACUUAGCGGUACAAAUGCUUCAAAAUACUUCCCAUUCUUCUUUUUAUUUGAAAAAGGAAACAGAUAAAAAUUGUUUUGAAGCAUUUGUAUUGCUAAGUGAACCGCAUAGUUUGAGGUACACAAAAAUCAGCAUUAGUUACUUCAAACAAAAACUGAAAAAUAUUCGAGAAAACAGCAAUAUACAUACUUUAUAUAAUUAAUAGCAAUAUUGAUCUAUUAAGAUAUUAAUAAAAGAUAUGUUUUGACCUAGCAUAUGAUAUCAACUUUCGAGCAAAGUCGUACGAAGUACCGGCUUUCGUUCAAGAUGUUUACAUUGCUCUUGAUACUCCUGCUAAUUUUUAUCGUACGCAAAUUUUGCCUGAAGAAAUUUAAAUCCGACAAAAAUGUUUGCGUGCUGGUGCUCGGUGAUAUCGGCAGAAGUCCGCGAAUGCAAUAUCACGCGGUCUCCUUCGCCAGGGAAGGCUUUACUGUAGACAUUGUAGGUUACCCUGGUUCAUCACCAAUGAAGGAAAUUGUCGAGAAUCCACGUAUACAGAUCCACUAUCUGCGACCGCCUUCUGAAUUGCGAAACAAAUUACCAUUUUUCUUGUGCUAUGUAAUAAAAGUGAUGUGGCAAACUGCUGAUCUUUUAUGGUCGCUACUUUCCAAACGAAUACCGGAUACAUUAAUAAUGCAAAAUCCACCUGCGAUACCAACGAUUCCAGUAUGUUGGUUUUACUGUGUUCUGAUGGAAACGCAAUUUAUCAUUGAUUGGCACAAUUAUGCAUAUUCUCUAAUGGCGUUAAGCUUAGGGAAGGAUCAUAUUGUGGUUAAAGUAGCACGAGCUAUCGAAGUAACAUUUGGACGCAGAGCGACGAAUAAUUUCUGUGUCACUAAAGCCAUGAAGGAAGAUCUAGAAAAGAGAUGGGCUAUUCACGCUAAGGUCCUAUAUGACAGACCAGCGGACGACUUCCAUCUAAUCACGGUGGAAGAGAAGAAUGAGUUUCUGUGCAAGUUAGCAGAAAAAUAUGCUCUAUCCAUAUCUGAUUCACCCAGAAGAUCCGGCUUCAUCGUGUCCAGCACUAGCUGGACUGAAGAUGAAGAUUUUUCAGUGUUGUUAAACGCAUUGCAAGAGUAUGAAAGCGCGUGUGAGAACGAAGAGUUGAAUCUACCGGAUUUGAUCUGCGUGAUAACGGGUAAAGGACCGUUGCGCGAUUUCUACAUGGCCAUCGUUGACUUGAAAAAGUGGAAACAUGUUCAAGUAAGAACAUUAUGGCUUGAAAACGAAGAUUAUCCGAAAAUACUAGCUACUGCAGACUUAGGCGUGUGCCUCCAUACGUCAUCCAGUGGAUUGGACUUACCGAUGAAAGUUGUCGAUAUGUUUGGUUGCGGCUUGCCAGUUUGCGCGUACAAUUUUAAUUGCUUGUCAGAAUUGGUGAGGCACAACGAGAACGGCUUGGUAUUCGCGGACGAGAACGAGUUGGCUCAACAGUUGAAAAUGUGGUUUCAAGAUUUCCCAAACAACAGCGCACAACAAGACUUACGUGAGAAGUUUCAAGAGAACAUGUUCACGUCCCAGAUAUACCGUAAUGGUUGGCACGGUAACUGGAAACUGAAUGUGUUACCUUGCUUUCAACAAUAAUCUUUGUUUUUCCUUAUUUUUAGUAUUGAUCUUAGUUGAUACAAU